AUGCUGCUGUACACGAGACUUGCCCCGCCAAAACCACCCAAGCAGCGAUCGAGAGCUGGUGAGAGGGCUGCUCCGAUUCUCCAAUUCCUGAAACCAGCUGGCCUGAUCUCCGCUGACCCAUUGCCUCGUUGGUUUCAAUACAGGCUGCCUAUCUUGAAGAAGAAAUGUGACGAGGAACGGCCGCAAUGCAAUCGCUGUGCUGAGCGUAGCCUUGAUUGCAUCUACGAGCCCGUGAAACCACGGCAGAGGCGGAAGCGGAACUCGACGGCACCCAACCCCAGGUCAGCCAUCAGUCAGCUGCCCAUUUCCAUCUCUUACCCGCCGGGACGCAAGCUGUCCGAGGAUAGCAAUGACAGCCAAGACGCCAGCCACGGAAGAUGGGGUUGCGAGCGCCACCCUCACCAUGGGCCCGUGGACGAGUUCGAGAUGGGCGACUUGACCGCCCUUAGCCCUCUCGAGACGUCAUUUGACACCUCUCCCCUAAUUCCUGCCUUCCUCGGGGGCCCGCCUCCGACCGCGCUAUUGCGAAUUGCGUCUCCACGCCACAGCUUUCCGUAUGAUCUAGAAGGCGAGGAUGAAACCGCGGAAACGACGUGGGGGGCGAGCGAAUCCCGUCGUCGUGGUCGUCGUGGUCGUCGAGGAUCUUCGUCCAUUCCCACGGCAGCGGUCGUCGCCCCUUCGUCUCACUCUGCAUCGCGAAAUCCCCACUUGGCUAUGAUAGCCCCCUUCGCGCUUGGUUCACCGCUGCUAGAGUUCUGUGCGCCCGCCUUCUCCGAGUUCUCAGACUCACCCCAGCGGCGGGCAUUAGUCGCCCACUUCUGCAAUGUGUUAUCGCACCUGAUCGUGUUCCGGGAGGAGUCCGGGAACGCCUUUCAGCAGCUAGUGCUGCCGUUGACCCAGAGCAGCUCCCCUGUCAUGAAUGCCAUCUACGCUCUUGCGAGUGCUCAUCUCGAGUAUCGGUGCGCCGAGAACGGCGAGAAGUCGCUCUACUUCCACAACAAGGCAAUUCAGGGGCUGGCCAAGAUCAUUGAGCAAGAUAGUAGGACAAACAGAAACGAGUUAUUGGCCACAAUCAUGCUCCUCGUAUAUUACGAAGUUCUGGUUCAGAGGGGACAGUCCAAUAUCGUAGACGGCCAUCUCAAAGGCGCACUUACCAUCAUGUGCACAAAUCAGCAGCCGUCAGACGACCCCACAGGCAUAUUCUUAGAACGAGCAUUCCGCUUCUACGACGUGAUAGCAGCCCUCUCCAACGGCACGGCGCCACUGUCAGCUGCUCCAGCGGCGGGCUGCCUCCAGCCGUUCCCUCCUCUAGGGGCCCUGGCCGCGUCGCCCCUGAGCAACGUCGACACGUUGCUGGGCAUGGCAACCACACUGUGGCCCGUCAUUCAUAGGCUAGCGACCCUUCUGUCACUGAAGGCGGAGCUGGAGAGCACUAUGCAGGCCGAGCCCACCUCGACUAAGGUUGCCGUUCUGCGCACCGAAUUCGAGACCACCGCCGAGGCCAUCGAAACAAUCCUCAGCCAGUGGCAGCCAACCCUACCACCGGACUUCUUCGCUGAAGAAUUCCCAUCCGAGGACCUAGACGCCAUCACUCCCACUUCUUACCCUGGCGGCACCACCCCGGACUCCUCACCCCCCUCGCCCUCACCCUCCUCCUCCUCCCCCACCUCACCACCACCCCCCUGCUGCCCCUUCGCCACCCCCUCGCCCCGCCAACCCCCUCCCCCCCCCCGUUGCGACCGCGACGGCCUGCACUCCAUCGUGCACAGCGCGCUGGCCUACAAGCACGGCGCGCUGGUGUACCUGUACCGGACGGUGCGCGGGCUCGACCGGGCGCACGCGGCGGUGCAGCGGCACGCGCGCGCGGGGCUGGCGCACUGUGAGGCGACGGUGCGGGCCGGCGGGCCCAUGGGCGCGCUGCUGUGGCCGCUGUUCGUGGCGGCGUGCGAGGCCGUGUCGGCCGCGGACCGCGGGGCCGCGGGGCGGGCGUUUGAAGGCAUCGAGAGGAGGCAGGGGAUGCGGAAUAUCGGGAGGGCGUGGGGGAUUGUCAGGGAGGUGUGGAGGAGGGCGGAUGAGGAGGAGGAGGAGUGGGAACGGGGAGGUCUUGGCGACCAUGAGGACGACAGGGAUACUCUGGGGUACUAUGUGGAUGGUGAGAUUGCAGGAGGGGCGAGGCGGGAAGGAGCAACUUGUCCGGCGACGGGCGACAGCAGACGACCAACCAGUGCCCGUCUCGGACGUGGGCACGGGCACAAGGCAGGAAGGAGUGCGGAUUUGUGGAGGCGGGUCAGCAAGGAUAUGGGCGUUAAUAUUGUCUUUGGCUGAGGUGAGCCGGUCUCGUCUGGGGGCUUGAGCUUCGAUUGUGGGGGGGGAAUAUAUCGAAUCCCUUUAAGGCCACGACGGGGCUGUAAUGGUGGCCUAGGGAGUUUUGCACCCCUGUAUCGUAUGUACAUGAGGCGCACACGGAUAGCCACGGACAUACGGGGAGCAAUU